AUGUUGCAAUAUGGCACAACAUCGCGGCAUAUUGUCUUCGUUAGAAGUUUAUUUCUAAGCCUAUCGAUACUCUGGUCUAUUAAACUUGUUACAGGUUACCAAAUAUGUCAUUCCCGUGCUUUUACACCCCUUUAUGCCAAAGGACUAGGAGAUCAUGUAAACACUGGCCAACUCCGGGAAAUAAAAUCAUCCCUUCUCGCUGAAGAUCAUAAAGAUACUUGCGUAGUUGAGAAAGAAGGUCAAAAAAAAGUACGUAAGUUAAGACCAAAAGAAAGGAAGGAAAUACUCCGGAAAAUAUUAGAAGAUAAAAACUCAAAUCUAAUAAGGGAUCUUGUCAACAAGCUAAAACCUGAAGAACUUUUCGUAAAAGUAGAAAGAACCGUCACAAAGAAGGCUGUAAAGGCUCCGAAACGAGUAAGAGUUAAGGAAAAUGAAGAAGAGGUUACACUCGUGGAAGAUACUGGGUACGAUGAACCAACGCAAAUCAAUCACGUUAAACAUGGAAACUUUGUUGUCUACAAAAACGAAGUAUAUACCAUAUCUGCCAUACAGCACAUAGCGCAAGCUAGAACAAAAGGCCAUUACAAAGUUAAGAUGCAAGGACUGCAUACUACAAGAGAAAGCUCAUUUUCCUUUCCAGAUGGUGCAAAACUCAAUGUAUUAGUACCAAGAAAGUUUCAAUGCACUUACAUAAACCUGGACAGGAUGAGAGAUGUUUAUAUAUUUAAAACUGAACUCAGCGAAGUGCUAAUUCCCGCGAGCACGAAUAUUGAAGCCCUGCGAUAUUUGAAACCAGGUUUAAAAGUGACACUAAUAAGGUGGAAAGACAAAGUUCUCUCUCUGUACGUACCCUCACGUAUUGAAUACAAAGUUGUGGAUGUAAAUACCGGCAAUUAUGCUGCUACUUUAGAAAACGGAUUAGUUGUGAUGGUUCCAACAUACAUAAAGGUAAAUGAUCACAUAGAGGUAAACACAAACAAAGGAGAAUUCUUGAGGAGAAGUAUUAUUGGAUAA